GACGCAAGGCUCUUUCUCGAAUCUGACUUGAUGAGCGAGGUGAGGCUGUGAUCUCAUCAUCUGAGUAAUUAUGUUGGAGAAAAUAUGAAGCGCUUCACACUCUCGGCUGCGGGCGCAUUUAGACAGCCACAAGCACUGCAGCGUCAUGUCCGCCACGGUUGCUCUUGCAGCCACAGAUUGCGCGUACCUGGGAUAGAAAAUAGGGCGUUUUCAGUAUCAACCCGGCGCCGUUCUGACGUGCUCCCCUUCAACAAAUAUACCCUCCCAGCCGGGUACAAGCCGGGUCCCGGCGUUGACCUUCCCGCCAGAAUGAGCAACAGCUCUCCAGAGACCCCGCGGCGGCGGACGGCCUACAUCGCGCUGGGCAGCAACAUGGGCGACCGCAUCGGCUGGAUCGAGAAGGCCUGCAACGAGAUGGACGCCCGGGGCAUCAAGGUGAAGCGGACGAGCAAUUUGUGGGAGACGGAGCCCAUGUACGUGCUAGACCAGGACAGAUUCGUCAACGGCGCCUGCGAGGUCGAAACGACGCUGGAACCCUUGGAGCUGCUGGAUGCGCUCCAGGACAUUGAAAGGUCGCUUGGUCGCAAGAAGGUCAUCGACAAGGGGCCCCGCAACAUUGAUCUCGACAUCCUCCUUUACGAGAACAUAAAAUUCAGCCAUGAGCGUCUUACCAUUCCCCACAUUGGCAUCCCGGAGCGCGAGUUUGUCCUGCGACCCUUGGCCGAGCUCAUCCCGGACAAGCCCAUCGACCAUGACCGGCCCUGGCGCGUGACGCGAGACUACCUCGACGCCCUCCCUCGCUCCCCAACGCCUCUAACCACCAUGACGCCGCUCUCUCCGCACCACCCGCCCAUCCAGGCCCUCAACCCAUCCCGGAAAACGCACGUCAUGGCCAUCCUCAACAUGACGCCCGACAGCUUCUCGGACGGGGGCCUCAACGCGCAGCGCGCGCCCGAGGACCUCGUGGCGACGGUCACGGCCUUCUUGGACGCGGGCGCGUCCAUGAUCGACAUUGGCGGGCAAUCGACGGCGCCGGGGGCGCCCGAGGUGUCGGUCGACGAGGAGCUGGCCCGCGUGGUGCCGGCGGUGGAGCUGAUCCGCGCGCGGUUCCCCGCGAGCGGGGACCGGCCGGCGCUCAUCAGCGUCGACACGUACCGGGCCCGCGUGGCCGAGGCCGCCGUGGCCGCCGGCGCCGACAUAGUCAACGACGUCAGCGGCGGCUCCAUGGACCCGGACAUGCUCCCCACCGUGGCCCGUCUCGGCACCACCGUCUGCCUGAUGCACAUGCGCGGCACCCCGGCAACCAUGGGCCGCAUGGCCGAGUACCCGGACAGCGAGGGUGGGCUGAUCGCCGGCAUUGCGAGGGAGCUGGUGGCCAGGGUGAAGGCGGCCGAGGAGGCCGGCGUGAGGCGGUGGCGGAUCGUGCUGGACCCGGGCUUGGGGUUUGCCAAGGUUGGGCGGCAGAAUGUGGAUGUUCUGAGGCAUCUUGACGAGCUGAGGGGGUGGCCUGGCUUGGAGGGCCUGCCGUGGCUGGUUGGGUCCAGCAGGAAGAGCUUUAUUGGCAGGGUUACCGGCGUGCCGACGCCCAAGGAGAGGAUCUGGGGGACCGCGGCGACGGUUGCGGCUGCUGUGCAGGGAGGGGCGGAUGUGGUGAGAGUGCAUGACGUGAAAGAGAUGGCGCAGGUUGUUAUGAUGGCAGAUGCGAUCUGGCGGUAUUAGAUCGAGCGAGAGGUGGGCUUUUCAUCAACAUCGGGUCGGACCUCGUAUGGUGAGGGGAAGCUGUAUGUGCUGUACAGUGCAAGGUUCAACAGAUUAAGUACUAGUAGCAAGUGGGAAAUGGUCAUUUGUUUGGGACACUAGGGUAACAAAUGGCAGACAGGAUAGCCUCGCGGCUAUUACACG